AUGACUCUGUGGAACGGUGUGCUGCCCUUCUACCCUCAGCCCCGGCAUGCCGCCGGCGUCAGCGUCCCGCUACUCAUUGUCAUUCUGGUGUUCUUGGCCUUGGCUGCCAGCUUCCUACUCAUCUUACCCGGGAUUCGUGGCCACUCGCGCUGGUUCUGGUUGGUGAGAGUUCUCCUCAGCCUGUUCAUAGGAGCAGAAAUUGUGGCGGUACACUUCAGCGCAGAAUGGUCAGUGGGCAGAGUUAGCACCAAUACAUCCUACAAGGCCUUCAGUGCGGCACGCGUCCGAGCCCACGUCGGUCUGCACGUGGGCCUGGAGGGCGUUAAUGUUACACUCACAGGGAACCCGGUGCAGCAGUUGAACGAGACCAUCGACUACAACGAGCAGUUCAUUUGGCGGUUUGGCGAAAACUAUGCUGGGGCGUACACGGAGGCACUGCAGAAGGGGCUGCCGGAUCCAGUUCUCUAUCUGGCGGAGAAGUUCACUCCGAGCAGCCCCUGCGGGGUUUACCGCCAAUACCGCAUAGCGGGACACUACGCCUCGGCCACGCUGUGGUGA